AUGGUGGUGCUCAUGGACCCCGGUGAGGACCCUGAGGACACACUGCACACACACCAGUCCCGGGAAAAGACCUUCAUCUUCGACACUGUGUUCGACCAGCACACCUUCCAGGAAGACGUGUACCUUGCCACCCCCCCAGCACUAGUGGAAGGCGUCAUUUCUGGAUACAAUGUGAUGGUGUUUGCCCACGGCCCCUCAGGUGCCAGCAAGACCCACACGAUGCUGCGCAUGGAUGCGGGGCCCGGCAUCUACCUGCAGAUGCUCGCUGACCUCUUCCAGGCCAUCGAGGAUACCCGUGAGAGCACGGACUGCGGCGUGUCCAUGUCUUACCUCGAGAUUUAUAACGAAGUGAUCUGGGACCUCCUGAACCCGUCCUCAGGGUUUCUGGACCUGCGGAAAGAUUCUAGGGGCAGCAUCCAGAUCGCAGGCAUCAUGGAGGUCUCCACCUCAAACACCCAGGAGACCAUGCAGCUCCUCACCAGAGGCAACUGGCAGCGCACACAGGAGUCCACCGCCACCAGCAAAAUGUCAUCCCGCUCCCACGCCGGGCUGCAGGUCACCGUGCACCAGCGCAGCCACGGCACAGACAUGGCAGGGGAGCUGCACACUGGGAGGCUCCCCGUGGUGGACCUGGCAGGAGGGCGCAGGAGAAGCCAGACCCAGAACCAAGGCAAGAGGAUGAAGGAGGGCGCCCCCAUCAACUGCUCCCUGCUGGCGCUGGGCAACUGCAUCAACGCACUCAGCGAGAAGGGCGGCAGCCAGGCGCAGUAUGUGAACGUACGGGACAGCAGACUCACGCGCACCUACCAGGAUGCCCUGGGAGGGAACAGCCGGAUGGUGAUGAUUGCCCACAUCAGCCCAGCCAGCAUGCACUUCAGGGAGGCGCGGACCACCCUGCUCUACACCCAGCUGGCCCUGACCUUGGCCGCGUCCCGCCACCAGGUCAAGCACAACCUGCUGUCUGUGUCCUACCACAUCGUGCAGUACGCGGACGUCAUCUCCAACCUGGGCAGGCAGAUCAAGCACCCCAAGGCCAAGGUGGAGAAGCAGGGGAAGGAGAAGAGAAGCAUCCCGGCGGCCGGGAUGCUCAAGGUAGGGCCGUACAUGCACCCAGAGCCUCCUGCUGCUGGGCCGUCCGGGACACCAGAGGCCCACUGUGUCCUCCUGCCCUUCCUGGAGUGGUGUCUGCACCGAGCACCCCACACGGGGUGA